AUGCUCGAGUCUCUCUGGACUUGGGACGUCAUACCAGCUGUCGGUGCUUUUCUUGACGCUUCUGUCUCGCCUUUAGAUGCCUAUAUUGGAUACAGUGGUCGAGACUUUGCAGAGGACAAUGGUACUGUGAUCUUACCAUUCGAUCGGAUUCCCGCCGUGGAAUCGAAUCAAGAAGGAGACCCGAACGAGCUCAUUGCCAUCUUCGCUGCUGAUAAAUACGCUUGUGCCAAGGGUGUGGCCAUCUUCAUCACCACCACCACCUUGGGCCCAGGAGAGCAGUCUGCCUAG